GUCACGUGACCGCUUACUGUAAAGUCCAACAUGGCAGCUAGAGUGGACGUUUCACGGUGACCAAAACGCGCAACAUUUCAACAUCUACAACUCCAAUUACGCACUUUUACGCAUAGGGCAUCAAGCAUGCGGGAGAGGCAGAGGAAAAAGAAGGGCCGCACGUGGGCAGAGGCGGCCAAAACGGUUUUGGAGAAAUAUCCGAACACGCCUAUGAGCCAUAAAGAAAUCCUGCAGGUGAUACAACGAGAGCGACUGAAAGAAAUUAGUGGGACGUCUCCGCUGGCAUGUCUGAACGCAAUGCUGCACACGAACUCUAGGGGAGAAGAGGGCAUUUUCUAUAAAGUUCCGGGUCGGAUGGGAGUUUACACUUUAAAGAAGGACAGUGGGGACCCAGUGAAGGACCUGUCUGAAGAGUGUUCUGAGGAGAGCAGCAGCGACACUCUGAGUGACUCCAGGAGCACAGAGAACUCAAUCAGCCCUGAGCAGAGGAGGACCAGGUGGAUGAGGAGAGUUCCCUCCAAGCUCCAGUCUCAGCCUUCAUCUCCUCAGCCGCGUUGUUCCUCUCCUUCGGUGCCCACUGCCAAAAUCCUGUCUCCAUCGCAGAAACACAGCAAGAAGGCGCUCAAACAGGCCUUGAAGCAGCAGAGGAACCAGCGCCGGCAAGGAGCGAUGGGAUCCACGUCAACUCCGAGGCUUUUACUCAAAACCAUCAAGGACAUCACAAUGGCCGACAACAUUGCAACGAAAGCUGACCUGCGACACUCGGUUGGAGCGAGGAAGGUGUCUCAGAGACGUUUAAGUGCAGGUCAGAUAAAACGUACCAAGUGUAACAUCGACGUGGAGACUCCAGACUCGAUCCUGGUGAACACAAACCUGCGAGCGCUCAUAAACAAACACACCUUCAGCGUCCUGCCUCCAGAGUGUCAACAGAGACUGCUCCGACUACUGCCCGAGGUCGACCAACAGGCUUGUAUGGACGGACUUCUGAAGGUCACAAGUUCUGCCCUAAACAAUGAGUUCUUCACUUCGGCGGCGCAAUCGUGGAAAGAGCGUCUCGCUGAGGGGGAGUUCACACCAGAGCUGCAGCUUCGAAUGCGCCAAGAGAUUGAAAAAGAAAAGAAAAUGGAGAGCUGGAAAGAGGCCUUCUUCGAGAACUACUAUGGAGAAAAUUCUGGACUCACCUUUGAGGAAUCCAAGGAGCUGACGAAGGCUGAUCAAAAUCUGAAAACAUCCAAAACUCAAUCUCUCAUUCCUCCUCCUCUUCCUCUCCCUCCUCCUCCUCCAGCUCCACCUACCAUCACUAAAACUCAUCAAACUAAAUCAGGAGAUGCCAAGGACAAUGAUGAUAAAAAGAAACCCGACUCAACUUCCUCUACCUCUGCAAAAGACAUCAAACCUCCAACAAAACCUUCACACGAACCACCCAAACCGCCUCCCCCUGUUUUAGAACCAAUGCGAACCAGGCGGGCGCAACAAGCUGAAGACCGCAAAGCUAGCAUCGCCGCACAAUCCGCGUCGCUUAACAAAACGGUAACGGAAGACUCCAAGAUGGCCAAAGUAGAAAAAGUGACUCAAAAUGAAGAGAAGAAAGCAGAGCCACCUCCACAACAAAUUUCUCCAGUCAAAGAACCUCCAAAACUUGACCAAGACCUUAAAAACGACACAAAAGUUAUACCAUCGGUCAAAGAAUCCACAUUGUUAAACCAAGAAGCUAAAAAAGACGAGAACGUUCUAGCAUUGAUCAAAGAACCUACAGAAAUAAGCGAAGAGGUUAAGACAGAUCAGAAAUCAGUUUUGGAGAACGUAGAAAUCACAAAAAUAAACCAGGACACCCAAAAAGAAGACCUAGCAUCUGUAGAGAAAGCGAUAGAGCAGAGGGAGGAGUUAAUGGGGAGUGGUGAUGUUUGCAAACGUAAAUCUUUGAGUGAAACUGAGAGUGAUGUGAGUCCAGAGAAGAGGCAGAGAUUGUCGUCUUUUUCCUCUGUGUCUUCUGUCUCUUCUGUGUCUCCGCCUCCAACCUCCUCCAUCUCCAGCCCGGCCACGCCCUCCCCAUCCAGUCAAAAAGUACCACCGCUCAAGAUUCACAUGUCCCGGAUCCUUCCUGUCCCACUGUCUCCGGGGCAACCGUCUCCUCGUGCCCCUCCCCCCCUCAGCAGCCCGGGUCGAACCGGAGCCCGAACUUUGGCCGAUAUCAAGGCCAAAGCACAGCUCGCCCGUGCCCAAAGAGCCGCCGCCGCUGCCGCAGCCAAAACAGGAACUCAGCCUGUCAAUUCCGGUGUCACUUUGGACCAACCAUCUCCGAGUCCCAGUCCAAGCCCUACUUCCCCACAAGCUCCUAUGAAGAUACCAUCCACGAAUGUCACACCUCCUCCUCGCCCAGUUGAAACAAAAACCUCCCCUAGCCCUACACAAAUUUCUAUAAACGUCGAGCAAAAAACGAAUCCGGUUAGCAUCCCAUGUAGCAAUUUGUCAGCGACAAAUACGCCCCCAGUAUCGAAAGAGCAAAAUCAAGUUUCUCCAAUUGGAGGAAGUAGGAACAUGUCAUGCAUCCCAGCUAACAAUCCGCUCGUCACCAAACUUCUCCAAGGGAAAGAAGUCCCGAUGGAGCAGAUUCUUCCAAAAGCGUUGUCCAAAGUUGAAGUCAAAAUGGCGGUUAAAGCUACAGGGACGAAGGGGAAGGGAACUCAGUUGGUUAUUGGGAAUAAUGGUGAAAAUAAGUCAAUAGGAAAACAGGAGUUCAAACAUCAUAAGGAGCUUCCAGAUAAGGAGACACAGGAGCAGAUCUUGCAAGCGUUGAUGCAGCGGACCCAAACUCAAACCCAACAAAAUCAACAGUUUGGAGGGAUAGGAUCACAACAUUUAAAAGCAACGCAAUUGGAGCACACACCGAAGAAGUUAACAAGAACUGGAGUUGGGUUUUUGGGUUGCAAACGUAAGCAAAAACCAGCCAUGACAGGACAUUAUCUACUAAAUGUUUCGACAUACGGUAGAGGGUCAGAAAGACAGCGACUGCAAUCAGUUUCAAAUAAGUUAAAAAGAGAAACGGGAGAAGCAGAGGCUGUAGGUAGAACUGUUUUAGGGGUUAAAACCGAACACAAAUCAGAUGAACUUGAGCAUUGUGUAAAGAUUAAAAAUGAACCAGGAUUGGAGGAUAGUGACAAAAAUAAUAAUGGUAGUAGUGGGAUCGCCAAAGAUUCAACCAGCCCUCAACAAAAGCACCUCAGUUUUAGCAACAACGCAGGAAGCGCAGAGCCAUAUUUGAGUCACCAGCAAAGCUUUCACAAUCAGCACGGAGCGUAUAGCGGCUCGAUCAGCAUGACUUUGAACAAUAAUAAUUCCGCUCUGGAUUCAAAUUCUUCCAACUAUUCGGAGGCUGACAGUGGACAGCACGGUAGCGUCAUGUCGUUUUCGGUGACCGUUACAACCAUCCCAGCCGGUAGGUCCAUGGACAGCAGCCAGGGGGAGCCCUCACCUGAACAGUCCUACAUAGACGGGCCCAAUAUGGAGGAGGUGCAGUCGAAAUGCUACUGCAGACUCAAAGCUAUGAUCAUGUGCAAAGGGUGUGGAGCGUUUUGCCAUGACGACUGUAUAGGGCCAUCCAAACUGUGUGUGUCGUGUUUAGUGGUACGAUGAUUCACAAAUGUAGAAAUAAUAACUAAAUAUGUGAUUGCACUUUACAAUAUGGCUACUAUGUUUGUUUAUGUAGGUUCAUAGUGGUCCAUGGUGCAUACUAGUCUAUGUGUCUUAUACUUGUGAAAGAUACAGCUCAACAUCAUUCUAAAGAUAAUUAGCAAAGGUUAAUUU